ACCAAAUAUUGCAUGGAGAUUAUUUGGUACAGUGUUUCUCUUCUUCUCUAACUCUUCAUUCUCUUCCCAUAUUUAUCUCUUCUUUAUCCUUAUUUAUAUUAAUCACUAUUAUAUAUUCCUACAUAAUAUAAAAAUUUAAUUACUCUAUUUAUAGAACCCAAAUAAAAAAUAGGGUAUACUAAAACCCUUUUUUCUCUAACAAGAAGAAAAUCUUUUUUUUUUCUGUAACGGCGAUACUCUCCGAUUAUGGAGUGGGUUAAUAAUAACCCUGAAAAUAACUCAGGUAAGACGCCGGAAAAUAACUCCGGCGAGUUACUUCGACGGAAUGGGUUAACGGAGUUUCAUCCUCAGCCGUCUAUUGAGUCGUUGUUUGGUGGUUUAAGGAUUGGCGGUGAUCGGAGGCUCCGUACGCCGACGCCGUCGUUACUUGUUUCUCCGGUGGAUACUCCGGCGGGGAUUGUAGGUGAUGAUGAGUUGUUGAUGAGUUAUAGAGCUCAAGAAAGAAUGAACAAUGCUGAUUUUCUCCGGGCCUACAGUAGAAUGUAUGGGGCCCAGCAGAAUCUGAAUGUGGGCCCGGGCCAACUGACCCCGGGCCCGGAUAUUCUUGUUCCACCACCAUCACAGUCGUGGUACAACAGCAAUACAGAAGUGUACAGUGAAGAUGAUUACUUGGGAUUUAACUACAAUGGUUACAAUGUUGGUUCUUUCUUGCCCAGCACGGCAUCAGUAUUGCCAAUUAUGCCCUGGGUUUAUGACUACUCGAACACCUAUUUAUCAAGAAAUCUGAAUUUUGGGGCACCCAAUUCGAGGGACAAUAUGGGUAAUAAUGAAUUGAGAGGGAAAAUGGUUGCUUUAGCCAAGGAUCAACAAGGGAGUAAGAUGUUACAGGCUAAACUUGAGAAAGGGAAUAAGGAGGAAAUUGAAGGCAUGCUUAAUGAGUUGAUUGAUAGUGUUGGUGAUUUGAUGAAGAAUCAGUCAGGGAGUUAUGUUAUACAGAAGCUUUUUGUGCUGUGUAAUGAGGAGCAAAGGACUAGUGUUAUUCAGGCAAUUACAAGAAAUACCCAUCAGUUUAUUGGUAUUUGUUUCAGCCAACAUGGGGCUCGGGCAAUGCAGAAGUUGUUGGACAAUCUUAGUACUCCUCAGCAAAGAUCAUUGAUUUUAUCUGCUAUAACCCCUGUAGCUGUUGCACUGGCUAAUGAUCAGAGUGGUCAGCAUGUGAUACAAUAUUGUGUGAAGACAUUCUCUAUUGAGUACACCAGGCAUCUUCUAAAUGAAAUUGCAAAUAACUGCUUUGCAAUUGCGACCCAAAAAAGCGGGUGCUGUGUGCUGCAGUCAUGCGUAGAAUCUUCUCGUGGAGAACUCAGAGAUCGCCUAAUAGCUGAGAUAUUAACAAAUGCAGUGCAGCUAUCAGAAGAUCAAUACGGCAACUAUGUGGUGCAACAUCUUGUGGGACUGAAGUUACCAAGAGUUACAGAAACUUUACUGGACAGGCUUCAAGGGAACUUUGUGACUCUUUCAUGCAAUAAGUACGCUAGUAAUGUUGUUGAGAAAAUUAUCCUCGAGUCAGGAGAAGAGCACUGCACUAGAAUUAUCAGCGAGUUGCUCAGAAGUUCAAGUGCUUCAAUGCUACUGGUGGACCCUUAUGGUAACUUUGUCAUCCAGACGGCACUGCAAAUUUCAAAGGGCCAUGUCUUCAAUGCCCUGUACAAUCUAAUCUACGUGAACUCUGCAUCUAUGCAAAGUAACCUCUACGGGAAGAAGAUCCUUGAUCGGUUGUUUAGCAAGAAGGAACCACUAUACAGUACAAGAUUCCACAAGCGACAGGUAUAAGGUAACUCAAGGGUAGUUGACACUACUAUUGUGCCUUUAUUUUUUUGAUUUGUCCGACGGAAUUUUGGUGUUCAGUAGCACAUCCUAGUAUCCAUUUUAUCUUAUGUUGUUUGUUUUCUAUGUACGUUAAGAUCUGAACUUGUAGGAGCAUAAAGCUGCGUAUGUAACCGGAGCCUCAAUGUGAUCUAAAUGGCUCAUAGAAAUCGUACUGUAUAUUUUUUGGUUCUACGCUGCUGUUGGUUGUUAUAUCAUAUAUUAAUGUAGGGCAUGUAGACUAUUUGUUGAAUAAGCACUUUUAGUAUU